UUUCUCUUUAAAUUCAAUUAACUAAAAAGAAAAAAAACAUAUCAGUGUCUAGAUGUGUUUUGUUGCUAUCUCAAGCACGAAUCGAGUUUGGAGCAUGCGUGCAUUUUGAUUCUAAAAAAAAAAAAAAAAAAAAACUGUUACUCAGCCAUUAAACUUUAAUGAAAAACCUGCAUGAGAGAUCUCCGCGGCCUACAUUACGCCGUCAGUAAGGCGCAGGUGAACGUGAGAGAGGCCCGCUCCAACCUAAUUCCCGGCUACUGUCUGAGGCUAAUCUGCACUGAAGCUUUAAUUAUAUAUAGGGCUGGUCUUUUAUUAACAAUGCGGGGACGCACGCUUGGAUCCGUGUAAUUACCAGAAAAGCAGCUUACAGUUGCUCUUUUCCUCUCCGCUAAGCGCAUUGGCGCAGCUCAGGCUGCAUUCUCCUUCUGUCCUUUUCCGUGUGUAAGGAUCUUAUGUGACUCUUAAGUAGCUGCUCCGUAAGUGCUGAGCCGAUUUGAAGAUAAGGGGAGCAGGAGAGGUCCUCCUUCCACGCAGGAGGUCACCCAAAAAAAAAAAAAGAAAAGAAAGAAAAAAGAAAUCCGGUAGAGGAGGCCGGACGCGCAGAAGAAGGGCUCAGACUGAUUUCACUUUCGCAGCUUCCAGGGAUGGAGUCGAUGCCCGGACAUCUUGGAGACGCGGGACGAGACGCCAGCUCUUCCCCGAGUUUGAAGCAGGACGCUCAGAGCUUUUCCAGCCCAAACUCCCUCAAACCGAACCAAGUGAGUGAGACCUCCCUGUACGGGGUGCCCAUCGUGUCUCUGGUCAUAGAUGGGAAAGAGAGACUCUGCCUGGCGCAGAUUUCCAACACCCUGCUGAAGAACUACAGCUACAACGAGAUCCACAACCGCCGCGUGGCUCUGGGCAUCACCUGCGUGCAGUGCACGCCCGUCCAGCUGGAGCUCCUGCGGCGCGCCGGGGCGAUGCCCAUCUCGUCCAGGCGCUGCGGCAUGAUCACCAAACGGGAGGCCGAGCGGCUCUGCAAGUCGUUCCUGGGGGCGCACAGCCCCCCGAAGCUGCCGGAGAAUUUCGCCUUUGACGUGUCACACGAUUGCGCGUGGGGCUGCAGAGGCAGCUUCAUCCCCGCCAGAUACAACAGCUCCAGGGCGAAGUGCAUCAAAUGCAGCUUUUGCAACAUGUAUUUCUCCCCGAACAAGUUCAUCUUUCACUCCCACCGCACCCCGGAGUCCAAGUACCUGCAGCCGGACGCGGCAAACUUCAAUUCGUGGAGACGACACCUGAAACUGACGGAAAAGAAGCCGUCUGAGGAUAUAAACCACGCGUGGGAGGACGUUAAGGCCAUGUUCAACGGGGGGAGUAGGAAAAGGACUCUGCCCAUGAGCGGGUCGGGGAUGUCCUCGUCGCUGAAGUCGCAGGCCUCGUCCAGCUUGGCUCCAACUAGCUCCCCUGAGAUCCCUCACAAAACUUUACGGUGCGACGAGGAGCAGGGAAGCAAUAACUUAAGCUUGGCGGGCGGCGCGCGGAGCUACCCGGUCAUCCCGGUGCCCAGCAAGAGCUUUGGCAUGCUCCAGAAGAUCCCCCCACCCCUGUUCCCUCCCCACCCGUAUGGCUUCCCCAGCUACGGGCUGUGUCAGAAAAAGAGCGACGGGGUGACUGACGGUAGCAAGCCCGGUGUUCCCGGGGUGUUUUGGCCCGGCGCAAAGGACACCCUUUACCCAGCUUUCCCCAUGUUCUGGCCCGCAGCCGGUGGGCUCCCCAUGCCGCCCUAUCCGGGCUCCCCGCCCAAGCCUCCGGCAGAGCGUCCGGGCGUCCGGCAAGCUGAGUUGGACCUGUCUGACCAAAGCGACCGGGGCGCAAACACACCCAAAGACACAACCCCGCACCCCCACCACGAGCGCAGCCCCAGCUCCCAAUCCUCCUCCACCAGGAACGACGAGGAUAAGUCCGGGGACGAGGCCUCCCAGAGGAAGAUCAGCUACAUCUCGGCCUUCAGGCCCGUGGUCAAAGACGCGGAGACCAUCGCCAAACUCUACGGCAACCGGGACGGGUUCGGCGUGCGCCCGGGCUACCUGUCCCCGGAUUUCAUCAGCGAGAGCUCCAGCUACAGGUCGGCUUCUCCGGACAGGGACAGCGUGGUGGACGACGAAGACGACGACCCGGACGUGGACGUAGAGUCCAACCGGGGUCCAGAGGAAGAGGAGUCGAUCCUGAUCUCCCCCGGUGGGGACCCGCGGGGUUCCCCCGCUCUCGAGCGGGUCUGUUCUGUUGCCGAGGAGGCCCAGGAGCGGCCCGACGGCGCCUCCAGCCCCGGGGCAUCUGGGGCAUCACCGCAGGGCUCGUCGGAUGAGGACCGGCAGAUGCGCAACGGCUCCCCUCUUCAUGAGGUGUACCCACAUGAAAAGGACGGCCCGGUGCUCCUCCUGAACCAGCCUCCUUCCUACGGCUCCAAGCAGUCCAGCAGACCCAGCGGCGUCCAUCACAUGACCGAAAUACAAACGCAGCGCGGUUCAGCGUCCUACCCAGAGCAGAAGGACAGACAAGGUGAUGGAGCUUUACGCAUCGACAUCAGCGUCCAUGAGAGAGAUCUGGAGAAUAUGGCCAAAGAGGAGUUGCAGAAGCAGCUGGUGGAGCAAGUGGAGCUGAGGAAGAAGCUGGAGAGAGAAUUUCAGCAUCUGAAAGAUAAUUUCCAGGAUCAAAUGAAGCGUGAGCUUUCCUACAGAGAGGAGAUGGUCCAGCAGCUGCAGAUUGUUCGAGACACUUUGUGCAGCGAGUUGGACCAAGAGAGAAAGGCUCGUUAUGCAAUACAGCAGAAGCUGAAAGAAGCUCACGACGCCCUUCACCAUUUCUCCUGCAAGAUGCUCACUCCCCGUCAGUGCACCGGAGCCUGCACCUUCAAGCCGCCCCUGCUGCCCCCUUAGUGCCAGCGCACCCCAGCAGCCCGAGGAAACACACGCACACACUCACAGGUCCGGCCUCGAGAGCCUUCAUGUGUUCACGUCUCCCACCUGGAACCCUGGGACUGCUGCUGCUGUGUGGAUACACCUCUGAGAGAAUCCAUCAAGGCUCCGGAGGAGACGGACUGGGCCGCGGCCUCUCCUCCAAAGAACCGGACUCUUGUGUUAAAGAGGAAACGUGAGCUUCACGCUGCGAACCGGAGGACUGCUGAUCCGAAGCUGUGAAGCUCAAACCAAGGAACGAAUGGAAACUGUUUGCUCUUUCACUACUCUGAAGAGAAAAAUACUACAUUAUAUACAUACAAAUAUAUAUAUACAUAUAUAUAUAUGUCAUGUGACAAUGUGCAAUGCUUGUAUUUAUUAUGACAUUAAGUUAAAAAAAACUCAUUUGUUAGAUUCUGUUGCAUCUUUGAAUAUGUUUUUACAUGUAUUUGUAAUUUAUCUUGGGUUUGUACACCGUGUUUGUCAUGAAGCACUUUAAACGGACGACAUUUCCAAACACCAAAACUAAAACAAGUUUCAAUUCGUCUUUGUGUGUCACAAACGCAGCACGUAGUAACGAGCACUUAGCACAGCGACCCCUUCAGGUUUUCACUUCAGACUGUAAAGAAAAGUUCUGCAACGAGCUAAAAGGAAGAAGAAGAAGAAGAAGAAAAAAACACACACUGAUGCAUCUGUUUAAGAAUGUGUUUCUCAUUCUUACUUUCUGUUGAAUUUGUCUGUCUCAGCAAACUGAACCAAAACCUUUUUUUUUUUUUCACCUGAAGCGCUUUUUAUACGAACAUUGUUCCAAGUAUGUAAACUAUAAGCUUCUUCUUUUCUUUUUUUUUUUUGUUCUUUCUCAUUCGCUGAACUCGUUCAAAAGAAGAAUCGACUCAAAAGCAGCUCUGAAAGAAUCGACUCUUGCUUUCUGACACAAACGCGCCAUUCUCUCCUGUUCAUCUCUGUACAAAUUCAAAUAAAACCUGAAAAGCUCUCUGGGCUUCAUGUCCCUGA